ACAAUGUCACCUCAGAAAUAAAUAGUCAAUUGUCAAAUAUUGUCUUUGUCUAAAAUGUCUAAGCGAUCUUUAUUUUAAUUUUUUUAUCAACAGUUAUAAUGAAGAAAAAUUACAUUAUACACAAAGAACUAAAAUAACUCAACUGUAUAUAGUAAAUAGUAUUUGUGCUAGUUCGAGCACUGUGUAGCUAAUAGAAACUCGUGAAUUUUGAUCCUUUCUGUAUUUUUACAUUCUGGCGGUAUCUAGUUUUUCAAUUAUUAUAAAUGAAUAUUACGUCGCGACAUGGAUUUUAGUUCCAGAAAUCCAGCCACUUCAAAUGCGCUGAAUCUUGCAGCGAGAAAUAAUGAUGUGGAAAAUGUGGACCGAUUACUUAAAAAAAUAAAUCCCAACUGCGUUGAUAAUCGAGGGUGGACAUGUCUGCACGAAGCAGCAUACAACGAUAGUUAUGAAUGCGUUAUGCGGAUAUUGAAAAGCUCUAGAUGUAGACCAUUAGCUGAGACUCAUGAAGGCCAUACUGCUUUGUACCUAGCUUGUAAAAAUAGUUGUUCUUUAAAAACUAUAACAGCUUUACUAAAUUCUGCAGAUGAUAUAGCAAAUUACGGCAGCACUGAAGGUGUGACACCCCUGCACAUUGCUAGUGGUCAUGGAAAUGUAGAGUUGAUAGAAUUAUUAUUAGAUUAUGGUGCAAUUAUUGAUGUGCAAGACUUUGAUGGUGACACACCUCUGCAUGAUGCAGUUCUUGAUCUACAGACUGAUGCAGUGGUCACCUUGUUGCAUGCUGGAGCUAAUCCUGAGAUUAAAAAUGAAACUGGUGGUUACACUCCAUUUCAUCUAGCAUGCUGUAGAGGUUACUAUCCAACUGUUGAAAAACUGUUCCCUUUCAUAACUGAUAUUAAUCAAGUUAUAACAUCAGGUGACUCCCCAUUAACAUUGGCACUGCAAGGACUAAAUGUACAAAUUAUAUAUUUUCUAUUAGAAAACGGAGCUGACCCACACAUUAAGAAUUCUUUGGGAGAAAUGGCAAUUGACAUAGCAUUGAGUAUUGACAGUAGGUCAGAAGUAUUUCAAACGCUGUUGAAUCUAACAGACCCAGAAAAAUUAAACAAAAACAUUAUUCUGAAUGCUUGUAAGCCUCAUUAUUUCACAUUUGAAUUCUUAGAAAUUUUAUUAACAAGUGAACUUGGGCCAGAAUUCUUUAGUUUUCUUGAACCUUUUAAUAAGGAGCUAGAUGAAGAUGAUGACCUUAGGCCUCGGUAUCGUACAAAUGCGCCCUUAAAUUCUUAUUUAAAUAUUUGUGGAUACAUCUAUCAGAAGAAUCCAGAAAAGUUCAAAGAGUUCUUUUAUCUAUUUUUAAUGAGAGGAGUGGAGGUGAAUGCUCUAGAUGUAAAUGUCUGCCCACCAUUAGUGUAUGCGCAUUAUGUAAAUACAUCAUGUUUUAAUGAAGUGUUUAAAAUACUAAUAGAGCAUGGCUGUGAUGUAGAUUACUGCAGUUCCUCUGUGUAUUUAAAUGAAGACAGAUAUAUACCUGAUGCAUUCCUGACAUCAUUGACUCUGUACCCCCAUUCAACACCAGUUAUGAUGCCUUAUAGUCUUCAGUGUGACCCAGAGGAUCUUCUAAGAUUUGCCUAUGAGAGAGGCCAAUUAAAUAUUAUUCCACAACAAGUACAACAUAACCUGAUGACAAUGAUUGACAGCGAUUUUGAAAGUAUACCCGCCGAAUCACUCACAUAUCAUGUGCCAUGCUUGAAACACCUUUGCAGAUAUAAAAUCCGAAGUUUACUCAGACUUUACAAAGGUGGAGUAAAAUCCACCAAACAGUUUUUAUCUAAUCUCGAUAGCUUACCAGUACCUAGAAUAAUUAAAAACUAUUUAAGGUAUUUGGGUAAUUAAACACAACUGUUGUUAAUAUAAAAUGAUAUUAGUAUAUAACAAAAUAAAUCAGCUUCAAAAGCUUUACUCACUUUUCUAAUCAAUAAACAGUUAUAUUCACAAAA